GAGAAUUAGUCUGUUACGUUAGAGCAUGUUUAUUAUAAUCUGACCUAAAUUCCUUCUUUUUUUUUUUGCUUUUGAACCCCUAAAUUAUUAAUCUGCUUAUAUCAUACGAUGCCUGAAAAUUCUGGGAAUUAGGAGGAGUUAUAUGUAAAUAACUAAACCCACAAGUAAAUAUUACAAUUUGGGGAAAACAAUCGAAGGGAAAGCAAAUUUCGAGGGAGCUCUGAACAGUCGAAGAAGAAGAAGGACAUCUUUCUUUGGAAUUUCGUCUUGUUGUUGGUAAAAAAGAAGAUCAAUUUCUUGGGAACCUGAGACUGUCAAAUCUGUGUAUCUAUGGUGAGAUUUCAGCGUAUCUUCGUCGCCGGAAGCGGUUUGCGUCACACAUCGCCUGAUUCUCCGACUCUCGAUACGCCCCGGAGCAAGUUUACAUUGACAAAACUCAAAACAUGGUAAUAGCGUUUUUGGGCUUUUCGAUUUUUUUUUUGUCACAGAGACGUUGUCUGAACUCUAGGGGUUGUGAUGAUGUGGAUGUGUUUCGAUUGUAAUUUUUUAAGUGGAAUGUGUAAUAUAACUUUUUGCGGGAAGAGCUGUGUGGAAUUGAGGGGAUUUUGAUGAUUGGAGAGUUCGUGGAUGCCUAAGUUCGGGUGGUACUGUACUGAUGUUAAUGUUGAGAAGCUGUCGUUUGUUUGUUGAUCAUGUUUUCAACACUAAUAAUAAUAUAAUAUGCUCUCGAGACCAGACUGCAAAAAAGGUACAUUCUCUCAUUCACUCUUCUUUUUCAUAAUCUGUAGCUGUGGGGUGCAUUGCUCCGAAAUACUACUACUACUUACUUAUUGAUGCCUUUGAAUAAUACUACUUAACUUACUUACUGCUGAGAUGGUAGCUGUGUGGGGUGCAUUGGCUCCGGCAAUGUAUUGAUGCCGGAUCUUGACUUCAUUGUCAUCAACUACAUAUGUACUCUCUGAUAUUCCCUGAAAAGAGAUGCUGGAUUGGUGCCGCCGAUUCAUACAAAAACUGUUGGCCCAGUCCAUUACUACGAAUCCCAUUCUCAACCCUAUAUAGUAUAUGUAUAGUAUCUAUCCUCCUCCCAAGGGAGUUUGCUAUUUGGCUUAGGUGGCCGGCCUCGUUUGGUUAUACUGUUUUUUUUUUAUAACUUUAACGUGUUUUGGUUAAUUUCCUUUUUCUUGUUUUCUAAGAAAGACUUCUUAAAUUGGGUGUUUAAAGUCUUUUUUAUUUUAUCUUCUCCUACGUCGCUCGGUUCGACCUGGGCUAGAAACUAUGUAAGUGUUCUUGGGCUUUUAAGGUUUUGGGGCAGCUUUUGAUCUUCAACAAAAAGAGAUUUUGUCUCAAUCCUUCCUUGUGUUGAUUCGAUUAAAUUCAUCAAUCUAAUCCCUUGAUUGAGCGAAGUAGGUCUCAAGGGUAAUAUCUCUUCUCUUGGUUGAGCUACAUUACCAAAGUCCUUACGCUGCGCCAAUUCCCAACUCUGCGUCUCUCUCUCUCUCUCUCAGGGUAUUUUACAAGUGUCGUCUUGAAUAAUGAUGAAGAAGGCUACGCCGGAGGAGGCUCGGGCUGUAACACGGGUCUUUUGGGACAUCAAGAUGUGCCCUAUUCCCGAUGGCUUUGAUCCUCGCCUGGUCCGUCCAUGUAUUUCAAUAUUCUUGGAGAAGAAAGGCUACCGUGGUCUUCUCAACGUCAUUGCCUUUGGCCAACUUUCGGACAUCCCUAUUGAAACCCUGAGGGGGAUCUUUUCCAGUGGAAUAAAACUUACAAUUGUUCCCAGCGGUAAUUUAGAAGGCAUUGUUGAGAAAAAUCCACCACCAGCCAAUUUUAUGGUUCAUAUCCGAUCCAAAAGCCUGCCCUGAUUUACCUUCCUUUCUACAAAUAUUCGGCUGUAACCCUAUCCUGCCAUGUCCAUUCCGCUCUAUACUUGCGGAACUUGAGGAACUUAUGGAAGGUUCACGGGCACGUUCACGGGCACGUGUGUCAGAAACGGUUGCGUUGUGGCAUUGCUUAGUAUGCUCCCGUAAUUCUUUUUGCUUUGAAUAUUUCAUCACACAUCUAUUUUUUGAUGAACACCAUUUUGAAAAGAUGAUGCUCGUUAAGAAUAGGACGCUUCCUCGUCCAAGUGUAGAUCCAGCCGUUCUUGCAAGACGAAUUUGGUCUUCUUGUGAGACGACACUGGUCUACUGGGACAUCAAUUCGUGUCCGGUUCCCCCUGGCUGUGAUGCUAGUCUGGUCGGUCCGUGCAUCAAACGGUUCUUGACUGAAGAAGGCUGCUCUGGUCCUCUCUCCAUCAUUGCCAUUGGAAGACUAACAGAAGUCCCUAAUGACAUCCUGAGGAAAGUCUUUUCCAGUGGAAUCAGUCUUCACAACGUCCCCCUACGUUUGUGAAACAGGUCCCUCAGACACUGAAGAUCUCAUUCGUCAACGGUCCAAUACGACUGGACCUCCAUGUAACAUAAUGGUCAUAUCUAAUGCCAGAAUCUUCGCUUGUAUGCAUGUGCGAUCGAGUUUCAACAUACUGAAGCCGUUUCCAAAUGAUUCUCUUCUUCAGAGUUUUUUUCUAGCAGGGGAACUCGAGGAGGAUAACUGCGAUGAAUAUCCCUUGUCGUGCAGUGAACAGCCCUUCUCGAUUUGCUCAGUAUGCGGCUACAAGACUUUUUUUCAUUGGGCUGAAAGGUUUACCAUUGAUUCCGCCUUUGAAAGGUUCACCAUGCAUCUUGAUAGUACAUCCCAUCAACAGAAGUUGUCGGCGGUGUUGCCCAUAAGUAAGAAACUCCAAUACUUGACUGCACCACUAAGUGAACCUCCUGAGAAAAACCUGGAGGCUGUAACAUCGGUCUUUUGGGACACUAGGCUGUGUCUGGGUCCACGUGGCUGUGAUCCUCGUCAGGUCGGCCCGUGUAUUAAACGGUUUUUGAGGAAUAAAGGCUACUCUGGUCCUCUCACCAUCACUGCCAUUGGCGUACUAACAAACAUCUCUUAUGAAAUUCUGGACGAACUCUGUUCCAUGGAAGUCUCUCAAAUUAAGGCUUUUGGCGAAACAUGGUUUUCAUACACUUUGGAUGGACUUAUUGGUGGUUUUACCUUCAAGAAUGAACCUCCAGCUAAUAUAAUGGUCAUAUCCGACGGAAAAUACUUCACUUCUAAGUAUGCUUUCGAGGUAGAAUCGAGUGGAUACAACAUUCUUCGAUGUGAUUCUCUUGAAAGCAUUUUUUCUCUGCCAGAUUCAGGGGCACUUGAGGAUGAUAAGUGCAUUGAUGAAACGAGUGACUCUGCCUUCUGGAUUUGCUCAGUAUGCGACAUGGAUACACGUUACCAAGGCUUUAAAAAUUUCAUCACUCAUGUUAAUAGUUGGCAACAUCGACAUACACAUCAACAGAAGGUAAACCGGUCGAACUCGUAUUAAUACAUUUUGUCAUUG